GUUAAAAGGUGUGCCCUUUUUCUUUUGUCGGAAUUUAGUGCAGACAUGGCGCGUCUGGUUCUCCCCAUCUUUUUGGUUAUCUCUCUUACCUUGCUCCACCUGGGAUAUAGCCAUCCAUCUCGUACCAGGAAAGCAGUGCCAGCACCACAGAGAGAUGCAGCGGCAGAUGAGGAUGAUGUAAAGUUGCAGCUGGAGAAGCUGUGGCAGGAGGUGAACUCCCUGAAGGAGAUCUCGGCUCUGCAGACAGUUUGUCUUCGUGGCAUCAAAGCUCACAGGAAGUGUUACCUGACCAUCGAGGAACCCAAGCACUACCAUGAGGCCAACGAACACUGCAUCGCAUGGGGUGGAACACUUGCCACUCCGCGUGACCUCAAUGAAAACAAUGACCUGAGGGACUAUGCCAAGAGGAGUGCGCCAGGUACCAAGGAGUUCUGGAUCGGUGUGACAGACAUUGUGAAGGAGGGCCAGUAUGUAGACGUCAACAGCAUGCCCAUCAGCUACUUCAACUGGGACAAGACCAAGAAGCAGCCCACAGGGACAAAGAGGGAGAGCUGUGUCGUGCUCUCACUGGCUGCACAGGGAAAGUGGCAUGAUGAGGUCUGCCUUGGCAAGAAAAAGUACAUUUGUGAAUACCCCAUUCCCUAACUUGUGUACCACCAUGGA